AUGACAGAUCAGAGGGAUAAAGUUCUUUGUGGACUGUCAAAUAGACGGAACGAUAGAUCAGAGGGAGAACGCACGGGAAAUGACAUAUCAAAUGGAGAACGCAUGGGAAACGACAGAUCAAAGGGAGAAUGCACAGAGAAUGACAUAUCAGAGGGAGAACGCAUGGGGAACGAAAGAUCGGAGGGAGAACGAACGGGGAACGGCAGAUCAGAAGGAGAACGUACGGGGAAAGACAGAUCAGAAGAAGAACGGCUCCGUGAACUGUCAAAUAGCAGGAACUACAGAUCAAGGAACGAAAGAUCAGAGGGAGAACGCACGGGGAACGACAUAUCAGAGGGAGAACACACGGGGAACGACAUAUCAGAGGGAGAACGCACGGGGAAUGACCAAUCAGAGGGAGAACGCACGGGGAAUGACAGAUCAGAGGAAGAACGGACGGGGAACAACAACAGAUCAGAGGGAGAACACUCAGGGAACAACAGAUCAGAGAAAGAACACGCUAAGAAACGACAGAUCAGAGGAAGAACGGACGGGGAACAACAACAGAUCAGAGGGAGAACACUCAGGGAACAACAGAUCAGAGAAAGAACACACGGGAAACGACAGAUUAGAGGGAAAAUAGCUCCAUGA